UUGUAUGUAUUUGUCCCAGCGCCGGAGGCUGCCCCAGCCGCCCGCGCGGGUGCCGCCGCCGCCGCCAGUGGAGUUGCCUCCCUGCUUCCCUAGGGUGGUUAGGCUCCACCAAACAUGUCGGCUCCUGUCGGGCCGCGGGGCCGCCCGGCUCCCACCCCGGCGGCCUCUCAGCCGCCCCUGCAGCCCGAGAUGCCCGACCUCAGCCACCUCACGGAGGAGGAGAGGAAAAUCAUCCUGGCCGUCAUGGAUCGGCAGAAGAAAGAAGAGGAGAAGGAGCAGUCGGUGCUCAAAAAACUUCAUCAGCAGUUUGAAAUGUACAAGGAGCAGGUGAAGAAGAUGGGAGAAGAAUCACAACAGCAGCAAGAACAGAAGGGUGAUGCCCCAACCUGUGGUAUCUGCCACAAAACUAAAUUUGCUGAUGGAUGUGGCCAUAACUGUUCGUAUUGCCAAACAAAGUUCUGUGCUCGUUGUGGAGGUCGAGUGUCAUUACGUUCAAACAAGGUUAUGUGGGUAUGUAAUUUGUGCCGAAAACAACAAGAAAUCCUCACUAAAUCAGGAGCGUGGUUUUAUAACAGUGGAUCUAACACACCACAGCAACCUGAUCAAAAGGUUCUCCGAGGACUGCGGAACGAGGAGGCGCCUCAGGAGAAGAAGGCAAAACUGCAUGAGCAGGCCCAGUUCCAAGGACCCUCAGGUGACUUAUCUGUACCUGCAGUGGAGAAAAGUCGAUCUCAUGGGCUCACAAGACAGGAUUCUAUUAAAAAUGGGUCAGGAGUGAAGCACCAAAUUGCCAGUGACAUAGCUUCAGACAGGUAA